GUUCGCCAUUCAAUAGAAUAGGAUUCACCAUUAGAGGGUGAACCCUACUGUGAACUGUGCAUGUGAGGGGCGGUUGCACGCCCCUUAUGAGAAUCUAACUAAUGUCUGAUGAUUUCAGGUGGAACAGUUUUAUCUCAAAACCAUCCCCCGCAGUCUCCCCACCCCUGGUCCAUGGAAAAAUUGUCUUCCAUGAAACUGGUCCCUGAUGCCACAAAGGUUGGAGACCACUGUCCUCACAUAUACCUCAAGGAGCAGCUCGGAGUGGGUGGAUGGGAUUGGUGCCACCAAGGCUGAUGGGAGAAUGCAGUUCCCAGGUGUGUGGGAAGAAAAAGGCCUCACUGCCCUGUGUCUCCCACCUGGAGUUCUGUUCCUCAGGGCCACACCAAACGGCCAUCCCCAUUCUCUCUCUGAGCUCCGCAGCCUCUGCUUUCUCUCCUCCCUCUCUUCCUGCACAGGCCGCCAGCCCUUCCAAAGGCUGUGCCAGGAUCCAGCUCUGGCUAUGAUGAGUCCAGACCACCAGGACUCACAUUAAUUUUCCCACUGCUAAGUUUAUAGUUUAUAUUUGGUUGAUCAGAGAAAUAUGUGUGAUGUGGGUUGCUGGCAAGUAAAUCUUUUUUUCCUUCUCUUUCUUCAGUAUACUUUUUUCCUAACUAUUUCAUUCCUUCAACUAGUCCAAAAGAAACUCCCCAGUUCUGCUAACCAGCCCUACCUCAGAGCAGCCCUGAAGUCGGGUAGAUGAGAUGGUCUACAGACCAGGCAUCUUCUGUGUUCAUCUGGCUGCCAGACCCAGUGGAGACAUGGCUCCAUCCUUGACUUGUCUUUGAGGAUUAAUCGCAUUUCUUGUUCUCUUAUGUCUUUUUUAAAAAUAAAAUAUUUUUAAUUGGUUCAAGCCAAGAAAUUCCUGAAGCCUUAGGCCAAUUCAUUGCAAAUCAUUUAAUGACAUUGCAAAAUAGGUUCUUUUUAGUCUCUCUCCUGCUUCCUCUCCCACUCCUCCCUUCUGCUUUCCCCUCCUGCCCACCCCCAGAUUUCUCUCUCCUGUCUUGACUUUGAUUUUCAGCCCUCAUCCCCCAGUCUCUUUCAUCUCUUCUCCAAUCUCAGCUUUCUUUCACUGCUCAAAUCUGGGUGUAAAUCCCACCUCAACUCUCAACUGAAAGGAAAAGACAGAAACAAGAUUUAGCAACUAAUGUGUUUGGCAUCUACAAAGGUUUGGUUUUUCUUCUUCUUCUUCCUCCUCCCCAUGGAAACUGUUUUCUUUAAAUACAAAAGAGCAUGCCUUGCUUUCAUCAGAAAGUGUGUUUGAGAAGUUUCAUGUCAUGUUUCCAUGGUUGUCAGGAGAGAGCUUGGGAGCCAAAAUUAUUUGUGCAAUUGGACAGGCAGAAAAAAAUCCCAAAGAGAGCAAACAUAUUUAUCCAGUCUCCCUGCCUGCAAAGGGAGGAGCAGUACUCACUCUGCCAGCCAUGUUUCUAAGUGUCUCUGUAGGUCACGGUGUUGACUUAGGCUGGAGUGCUGGUGGAGGUGGUGAGGACUACGCUGGAGAACACCACGCUUGUGAAUUAUUGUGUCCUGCCUUGUCUAUGUGAUUGAAAGCUCCCUGUGGUUAGCAGCUAUGUCUUUGCUUCUUUGUAUUUUCUGCAGUGCUUGGCAUAACAGACAAUUCUGCAGCACCUGGCUUGCUAAAUGAAUGACUCGAUGAUGACUGGAGGGAUGGUAUUUUACCAAAUGCUGGUUUUGUCCCACUUUGUGGGCUGCAGGUGUCUAUGUGCCAGGGCUGAAAGACUUAUUCACUACCCCAAAUGCAUGGCUUCUGAGAUGCCUGCCCAGCCCACAGUAAACCCCAGCCACUCACCAGGUGCCAGGCUUUCUGACCUCAUGAGAGCACCAUGAGGCUCCAGCCUUUCCUCUGCUUCUGUAGUUGUCCCACAUCCUCAGCAGAUAACUGCCGUGGCUUUUCACUUGCAGAUCAUUUGAUUUCAGAGGAAUAACCUUGGGGUCAUGCCAAGCCAUGGUUCCUCAAAUGACUUGGGGGUCGAGAAUUGUGUUGGGACUCUUUGUCCAUCAAUGAAGCAGUUUGGGACACAGGCGAGUCCCCAUAUUGGCCAGAGGCAACAUAGCGAGGAGUGUCAAGGACGCUUUGUCUUUUCAGACUCUACAGCCAAGUCUCUCUGAUGGCCAUGAGCCAGGUCAGAGAAAACUCUUAGUAACUUUACUUCUCCUGCACCUUGGGUGUCUCUCAAAAAGGGACUGAGGUGCAGGGAAGGACCAGAGGAUCAGCAUGCCACUGAGUAGUGCUCCAUUAGGGCAGAAUCCUUUGUGCUUUGUAGCAUUAGCCACAGGCACAGUAAGCUGCUGCAGGGACAAGUUGAGGCUUGCAGGUUGUGACAGUUGGGGAAUAGAAUUAUCCAUCAGCCCAGAAACCUGUCAAUGGUCCUGAGGCUGCUAAGCCAUCCUGGCAGCAUUGCCACGUGAGCCCCAUGCGGUGCCCCAUGACCUGGUGGAUCCCAUCCAGACCUCUGUAGAGGAGUGCAGGCUUGCCCUGUGAUCCCCAGGAACAGGCGAAGGGUAGGACAGGACUGUAUGUGAGAAGUACCCGCAUGGGUAGAAGGCCAAAAUUUCUUUAAGCGUUCAGCAGAGCUCAUGGAUAUGGGGAUAUUGGUAACUCCAUGCAGCAUCCAGCGGAUGGUGGCAUCUUCUCUUCUUACUUCAAACAGAAUCGAGCUUCGAUUUGCAGCUUAAAGGAGGAUGCAGGAGAAGACUGAAUGAAGAACUCCCUUGGAAGUGAUUGUUAGGUUUAUGGCUUAGACCUGGGGCAUUUAACUGAGACCCAACACAUUCUGUAGUUGGACACGUAAAGUCCAUGAAAAUUGGGGGAUAAGCUUACAAUUAAUAUUUGACAAUUUGUGUUAUGAGAAUGCAUGAACAUACACCAAAUGUAAUUUAAUUCAUAGCUCUGUCGAACCUUUUAGUAAUAAAGGAAAGAUACUAGAAGGUGGUGAGAAAGAAAUUCAAGAGACACUCAAGAUAAAAUGUGCCAGUUUGCAGUUUCACAUGUGGUCCUGCUGAUGGCAGCCACAUCCGUGUACCUUUGACAGUCUUUAAUUUGCUUUCUGUUUUUCCCAUAGCCAAAAGGUUCUGUGCCUGAUGCGCCCUUUGAAUGUGAAGAGAAAGCACAGAGUACGUUAUAUGAUGUGUGUCUGAAUACAUCCCUGUAACCUCUGUGUUCAGAGAUCAUACAGAAGUGAUGUAUCAGAGUGUACUUCUUCCCUUUGGAAACUGAGCUCCCAGAAGGAAGGAACUGGGCCGGGGUCUAUAUGGAGCCCAAAAUAUCAUGGGCUUUCUCAGAAAUCGCAAAGUUCUGUGACAAGUAAAUAAGGUCCGUAAACUCAGAGAUGGCCCCAAAGACCAGGACUUCUGACCUGUUGGGAGCUGAGAAACAAGAUUGGGCCUACUAGCAUUUGAUUAAUGUGGACAAGUUAAUGAAGUAGCUGGAAAAUGCACAAAGAGAGGAUGCGAAAAAAGGGUGUGAGGGGGAGGGAAGGUAAGAGGAUUAAAGCUGCAAAAACAUUCCUCUAAUGGAUUUCUCAAACACACCAGCCAACAGGCAAGGGCAGGUGUCCUGUCAAACCAUUUCUCCAUGAAACCUGAUCCAUCUUUCUGCAGCGGAGGCCUGCUAACCCCAUUUGUAAUUGAAGGGCCCGUCCCUUAUUUCCAGUGAAGCACGCUGAGCAGCACAGGGACUCGGCCAGGAAACCGGCUUUGCAGACAAAGGGGCCUGGGAACAGGCUGGUUUCCUUCGUAUGCGCCAGCUAGAGCUCCUCUCUGCAUCUGCCCCGUCUGACGGCUGAUUAGGCUCUUAUUGAUCAUGAACUCCCCACCCCUCCCUGGCCCCCCUUCCUGUCCAAAAACACUAGAAAAAGGGAGUCCUCUGAUUUUCAGAUCAUUCAUCACUUCAUUAUUCUGCCUUUGAUCCCUUAGUGAAACUCAAGUUUUACUCGAGCAGCCAAAUUGGGAGUGUUUUAAGCUAAGGCUUAAGCUUAGGAGGCACGGGGGGCGGGGGAGCACGGAUGGGGGUAGGACGGACAGGGCCAAGAACCAAACUGCUGCUUAUUUGUUUUGAAGCCAGGAAGGCUCGCCUGCCAGUCGCCGCUUGUGGGGAGCUGGAUGUCCAGCUGGGGUGCCCUCCGUCCUGCCUGCACAGGCUGUUGUGCACAUGUUGGCAUCAGAACAGAGGGGCUGUCUGGCCGCAUGGCUGACCAGUGCCCAGCUUCAUGCUCCCCCACUGCACAGCCUUCUGUCUCCAGCUGAGCAGCUGUCAGAGGGUGCAGCAGAAGCCAAGAGGGGAUUAAAAGGGCCAGUGUUUUCUACCACUGGGUUACUGAGGUGGGUGCCUGGCAGAGUACAUGCUCCCUCCGUGCCUGGAUAAGCCCUCAAUUACAACGGGCAGGAGCCUGGGGCCGUGAAGACGGAGAUGGCGUCCUGGUGCCAAACUCCUUUCAGUUGCUUACAUCUUUCUUGGAAAAUGAUCUGCUAGGUUUAAGUAUAUUCUUUGCUUAAGGCAAAUAUCCUUGGAAUGAGGUGAAGAAAAGGAGGAGGAAAAAACAAAAACCUAUUGGUGGAGUAGUUUGGGAUUUAUUGGACCAUGGAGGAGAAUGCUUCACAGCGCCGGAGGAAUUUUCCAGAUGCCCCUAAGCUCACAAUCACUCACAGCUCGCUUUGUGGGGAGCCUCCUGACUUGGCAGGUACAGGGCGCACUGGCCUGAAGGAGGAUUAAGGCCUUUGCAUUUUUUAAGUGAAUUGCUUUCAGAAAACACAGUUACCAAUAUUUAGCAAGAACAUGUUGAGCUCAAGCAAUUCCUUUCCCAUAGUCCAAACCUUCCUCCUCUCUGAGAGGAAACUCAUUAGCUAUCUUGGCUGAGAGGCUCAGCCAGGACUGGGCUAAAUAAUUGAUGGGACCAAAUGCAAAAUGAAAAUGUAGGGUCCCACGUUCAAGCAUUAUUAAGAAUUUUAAGAUGGUGAAAGCAGAGCAUUAAACCAAGUGGUAGCCCCAUCAAGUGCAGGGGCAGGCUGCGCACCCAUCAAGCUGGUCUUGGGCUCAGACUUCCAAACUGUAUUUAGCAAGGAUUUAGAAAGCAUUUGCUGUGUCCUCAGUACUAUGCAAUAGAGCUUGGGGUUGGGGUGAAGAGUGAAAAAUUAAUAGGCUUCCCACCAGGAAUUUAUAAUUUAGUUAGGCUCAGAUAUCACACACACACCAUUAAAUAAUUUUGAAAUCAUUAUUUAGAAGCCCAGGAGGCCCUACACUUGCCCAUAGGAAGGAAUCUGGGAGAUCUCACCUUGACCCGCAGGCAUCAUGCUUGUUCAGCCUGGAAAGUGAAAUGGGGCAAUAGAAGGGAAUCAGACAACCAAUCCCUGAUUUUUUUUUAAGUUUUUUUUUUUUUUUCCUGUGGUUACAUAGUGUGUGUGUAUAUUUAUCAGGUACAUGAGAUGUUUGGAUACAGGUACGCAGUGUGAAAUAAGCACAUCAUGGAGAAUGGAAUGUCCAUCCUAUCACUGUUUCCACCACAUCACUCCUUGAAUGUCAUGUAUUUCUUAUAGCACAUUUAUUAGACCUAUUUCACUUCUUUCUUCAGAUCCCGCAUAACCUCUCAAGAAACAUUCUAUUUGCAAAAUAACUUCCACUGGCCACACUUAGAUAUAAUGUUCAUAGAACAUUCAUUGUGCUAGGCUCUUGUCCGUUUCUUCAAAAUGUAGACCAACUUUAUGAAUUUGAGUUUCUAGGCAGCAUAAUGGGCAUCUUGUACCUAACUUGUGGGGCUCAGCUUCCAAGAUACUCAUUCAUUCAUUAACAUUCAUUCAUUUAUUCAUUCAACACUUGCCAAGUGUGUUCUUGGGCCAAGACCCGGGUUAGGUUCAGGGGACACAGACAGGAACAAAACUCGGUCCAUGCCCCAAAGAGUUCACAGUCUAAUAUUGUAAUCAAAGGGACAUCAAUCCUUUCACAGAAACAAAAUCCUUUUCCUCCCCUGUGUUGGUUUGAAUUGACUAAGAGCUGCUGGGAAGUUCCAUUACGUGGGAAGCCUCCUGACCUCACUGAAUACCUUAAUCACCAGGUACUGCUAGGGUGACACCAGUUUGUUUUUGGUAAUUAUCUCUUGUCUUCUGUGAGAAACCUGAUUCCAGCCCUCUGUGGGUCUCCAGUGGAAACAACAGCAGAGGCAGGUGCAGUCUUGCAGUGAAAUUGUAGUCAGGCCCGAUGCUAUCAGUCCCGGGAGCUGAGCAGAAUUUGGUGUGGCCAGCAUUCGGAGACGGUGCCUCCAGGGCUUUCUGAGUACCUUUAGGAAGAGAGUGUCUGGAUCUCGAGGACUUCAAGUUAGACGUGCAGCACGUGAUUGAAGUGGAUGAGGGAAACACAGCAGUCAUUGCCUGCCACCUGCCUGAGAGCCACCCCAAAGCCCAGGUCCGGUACAGCGUCAAACAAGAGUGGCUGGAGGCCUCCAGAGGUAACUACCUGAUCAUGCCCUCGGGGAACCUCCAGAUUGUGAAUGCCAGCCAGGAGGAUGAGGGCAUGUACAAGUGUGCGGCCUACAACCCAGUGACCCAGGAAGUGAAAACCUCCGGCUCCAGCGACAGGCUGCGUGUGCGCCGCUCCACCGCUGAGGCUGCGCGCAUCAUCUACCCGCCGGAGGCCCAAACCAUCAUCGUCACCAAAGGCCAGAGUCUCAUUCUGGAGUGUGUGGCCAGUGGAAUCCCACCCCCACGGGUCACCUGGGCCAAGGAUGGGUCCAGUGUCGCCGGCUACAACAAGACGCGCUUCCUGCUGAGCAACCUCCUCAUCGACACCACCAGCGAGGAGGACUCAGGCACCUACCGCUGCAUGGCCGACAAUGGGGUUGGGCAGCCUGGGGCAGCGGUCAUCCUCUACAACGUCCAGGUGUUUGAACCCCCUGAGGUCACCAUGGAGCUGUCCCAGCUGGUCAUCCCCUGGGGCCAGAGUGCCAAGCUCACCUGUGAGGUGCGCGGGAACCCUCCGCCCUCCGUGCUGUGGCUGAGGAAUGCCACGCCCCUCAUCUCCAGCCAGCGCCUCCAGCUCUCCCGCAGGGCCCUGCGCGUGCUCAGCAUGGGGCCUGAGGACGAAGGCGUCUACCAGUGCAUGGCCGAGAACGAGGUCGGGAGCGCCCACGCCGUGGUCCAGCUGCGAACCUCCAGGCCAAGCAUAACCGCGAGGCUACGGCAGGAUGCUGAGCCGGCUACUGGCACACCUCCUGCACCACCCUCCAAACCCGGCAGCCCUGAGCAGAUGCUGAGGGCGGAACCGGUGCUCCCCAGACCCCCAACAUCAGCACGGCCUGCUUCCCCGCAGUGUCCAGGAGAGAAGGGGCAGGGGGCUCCCGCCGAGGCUCCCAUCAUCCUCAGCUCGCCCCGCACCUCCAAGACCGACUCAUAUGAACUGGUGUGGCGGCCUCGGCAUGAGGGCAGUGGCUGGGCACCGAUCCUCUACUAUGUGGUGAAACAUCGCAAGCAGGUCACAAACUCCUCUGACAAUUGGACCAUCUCUGGCAUUCCAGCCAACCAGCACCGCCUGACCCUCACCAGACUCGACCCCGGGAGCUUGUAUGAAGUGGAGAUGGCAGCUUACAACUGUGCGGGCGAGGGCCAGACAGCCAUGGUCACCUUCCGAACUGGACGGCGGCCCAAACCCGAGAUCAUGGCCAGCAAGGAGCAGCAGAUCCAGAGAGACGACCCUGGAGCCAGUCCCCAGAGCAGCAGCCAGCCCGACCACGGCCGCCUCUCCCCCCCAGAAGCUCCCGACAGGCCCACCAUCUCCACGGCCUCCGAGACCUCAGUGUACGUGACCUGGAUUCCCCGUGGGAAUGGUGGGUUCCCGAUCCAGUCCUUCCGUGUGGAGUACAAGAAGCUAAAGAAAGUGGGAGACUGGAUUCUGGCCACCAGCGCCAUCCCCCCGUCGCGGCUGUCCGUGGAGAUCACAGGCCUAGAGAAAGGCACCUCCUACAAGUUUCGAGUCCGGGCUCUGAACAUGCUGGGGGAGAGUGAGCCCAGCGCGCCCUCUCGGCCCUACGUGGUGUCGGGCUACAGCGGCCGCGUGUACGAGAGGCCCGUGGCGGGUCCCUACAUCACCUUCACGGACGCGGUCAAUGAGACCACCAUCAUGCUCAAGUGGAUGUACAUCCCAGCAAGUAACAACAACACCCCAAUCCAUGGCUUCUAUAUCUAUUAUCGACCCACAGACAGUGACAAUGAUAGUGACUACAAGAAGGAUAUGGUGGAAGGGGACAGGUACUGGCACUCCAUCAGCCACCUGCAGCCAGAGACCUCCUACGACAUUAAGAUGCAGUGCUUCAAUGAAGGAGGGGAGAGCGAGUUCAGCAACGUGAUGAUCUGUGAGACCAAAGCUCGGAAGUCUUCUGGCCAGCCUGGUCGACUGCCACCCCCAACUCUGGCCCCACCACAGCCGCCCCCUCCUGAAACCAUAGAGCGGCCGGUGGGCACUGGGGCCAUGGUGGCUCGCUCCAGUGACCUGCCCUAUCUGAUUGUCGGGGUCGUCCUGGGCUCCAUCGUUCUCAUCAUCGUCACCUUCAUCCCCUUCUGCUUGUGGAGGGCCUGGUCUCAGCAAAAACAUACAACAGACCUGGGUUUUCCUCGAAGUGCCCUUCCACCUUCCUCCUGCCCAUAUACUAUGGUGCCAUUGGGAGGACUCCCAGGCCACCAGACCAGCGGACAGCGCUACCUCAGUGGCAUCAGUGGACGGGCCUGUGCUAAUGGGAUCCACAUGAAUAGGGGCUGCCCCGCGGCUGCAGUGGGCUACCCGGGCAUGAAGCCGCAGCAGCACUGCCCAGGCGAGCUUCAGCAGCAGAAUGACACCAGCCGCCUGCUGAGGCAGACCCAUCUUGGCAAUGGAUAUGACCCCCAAAGUCACCAGAUCACCAGGGAUCCCGAGUCUAGCCCGGACGAGGGCUCUUUCUUAUACACCCUGCCCGAUGACUCCACUCACCAGCUGCUGCAGCCCCACCACGACUGCUGCCAACGCCGGGAGCAGCCUGCUGCUGUGGGCCAGUCAGGGGUGAGGAGAGCCCCCGACAGUCCCGUCCUAGAAGCAAUGUGGGAUCCUCCAUUUCACUCAGGGCCCCCAUGCUGCUUGGGCCUUGUACCAGUUGAAGAGGUGGACAGUCCUGACUCCUGCCAAGUGGGUGGAGGAGACUGGUGUCCCCAGCACCCCACAGGGGCCUACGUAGGACAGGAACCUGGAAUGCAGCUCUCCCCGGGGCCACCGGUGUGUGUGUCUUUUGAAACACCACUUCCCACAAUUUAGGCAAAAUCCAAUAUCCCAGAAAGACUAUAUAUAUAUAUAUAUAUUUUUUUUUUUUAAAGAAGAGACAGAGAAAAUUGGUAUUUAUUUUUCUAUUAUAGCCAUAUUUAUAUAUUUAUGCACUUGUAAAUAAUGUAUAUGUUUUAUAAUUCUGGAGAGACAUAAGGAAUCCUACCUGUUGAGGUUGGAGAGGGAAAAGAAAGAAGCCGCCACCUAACAGGAGUCCCCCAGGAAAGCGCCGCACAGGCUGGCACGGGACAGACUCCUAACCUGGGGCCUCUGCAGUGGCAGACGAGGCUGCUGGAGGCCCACAGAUAAGCUGGCAAGCGGAAGGAUCCCAGGCACAUGGUUCCUCACAACCACGAGGUUGAAAAGCAAGGGUCACGGUAUCACAGCCUGGAGACACCCACACAGAUGGCUGGAUCCGAUGCUACUGGAAACAUUUUCCUACGAUGCCCAUGAGAACAGACCAAGAUGUGUACAGCACUAUGAGCAUUAAAAAACCUUCCAGAAUCAAUAAUCCAUGGCAACAUAUCUCUGUAAAAACAAACACUGUAACUUCUAAAUAAAUGUUUAGUCUUCCCUGUAA